UGAAUGGGAGGCCAGUGGAGGGAUUGGCAGAGAGGGGUGGAGGACACUGAAUGGAGGCCAGUGGAGGGAUUGGCAGAGAGGGGAGGACACUGAAUGGAGGCCAGUGGAGGGAUUGGCAGAGAGGGGGGAGGACACUGAAUGGAGGCCAGUGGAGGGAUUGGCAGAGAGGGGGGAGGGACACUGAGUGGCCAGUGGAGGAUUGGCAGAGAGGGGUAGAGGACACUGAGUAGAGGCCAGUGGAGGGAUUGGCAGAGAGGGGUGGCAGAUACACAACGGUCGGCCAAUGAGGAGGGAGUUACAAUAGUCAAGGCGAGAUAUAACAAGGGAGUGAAUAAGUUGCUUAGU